AUGUCGAACGGCGCUGUCACGAACGGCUCCUCCGGCCAGACGCACACCGAGUCGCAGCGCUACUUGAGCACGCGGGGCGACGACAGCGGUCUCUCCUUCGAGGAGGUCGUCCUCAAGGGCCUCGCCUCCGACGGCGGUCUGUACAUUCCCCAUGAGAUUCCCGCCGCCGAGCAAUGGGAGUCCUGGAAGGACCUCUCGUUCGUUGAUCUUGCCUUCAACGUCCUGUCGCUCUACAUCUCGCCCUCCGAGAUCCCGGCCGAGGACCUCAAGGACAUCAUCCGCCGCAGCUACGCCACUUUCCGGUCCCCCGACGUCACCCCGCUCAUCCAGCUGCAGGGGAACAUCCACCUGCUAGAGCUCUUCCACGGGCCGACAUUCGCCUUCAAGGAUGUGGCGCUACAGUUCCUCGGCAACCUUUUCGAGUACUUUUUGGUGCGCCGGAACGAGGGCAAGACGGGGCGGGACAGGUAUCACCUCACCGUGGUGGGCGCUACCAGCGGCGACACGGGCUCGGCCGCCAUCUACGGCCUGCGGGGGAAGAAGGAUGUCUCCGUCUUCAUGCUCCAUCCCAAGGGCCGCGUGAGCCCCAUUCAAGAACUCCAGAUGACUACGGUGCUCGACGCCAACGUCCACAACCUCGCCGUGACGGGCAACUUCGACAAUUGCCAGGACAUCGUCAAGGCUCUGUUCGCCGACCCCGACAUCAACUCCAGCCACAAGCUCGGCGCCGUCAACUCGAUCAACUGGGCGCGCAUCCUCGCCCAGACCGUCUACUACUUCUACUCGUACUUCUCGCUCGCCCGCCAACAACCCGACUCGUUCAAGAUCGGCGACAAGGUGCGCUUCGUCGUCCCGACGGGCAACUUCGGCGACAUCUUGGCCGGCUACUUUGCCCACCGCAUGGGCCUGCCCGUCGACAAACUCGUCAUCGCGACCAACGAGAACGACAUCCUCGACCGGUUCUGGAAGACGGGCCGGUACGAGAAGAAGCCCGCGUACGGCGCCGCGGCCGAGGGCGGCCUCCCCGCGGACGGCGUCAAGGCGCACGAGGACGGCGUCAAGGAGACGCUGUCGCCGGCCAUGGACAUCCUCGUGUCCUCCAACUUCGAGCGCUUGCUCUGGUUCCUCGCCUACGAGUUCGCGUCCAGCGCCGGCAUGGACGACGAAUGGAACAAGAAGCAGGCCGGCCAGGAGGUCUCGGCCUGGCUCGCCGACCUCAAGACCAAGGGCGGCUUCGGCCCCGUCUACAAGGACGUGCUCGAGGCCGCCCGCCGCACCUUCGAGAGCGAGCGCGUCAGCGACCAGCAGACCCUCGACACCAUCCGCAGCCUGUACAAGGAGGUCGGCUACGUGCUGGACCCGCACACGGCCGUCGGCGUCGAGGCCGCGAGGCGGUCGGCCGCGCGCGCCCCCGGCGUGCCCACCAUCGCGCUGUCGACCGCGCACCCGGCCAAGUUCGCCGGCGCCGUGACGCUCGCCCUGCGGGACGAGCCCGGCUUCGAGUUCGACGCCAAGGUGCUCCCGCCCGAGUUCGUCGGGCUCGACAAGAAGGAGAAGAGGGUCCGCGACGUGGCCAACGACUGGACCGCCGUGCGGGAGCUGGUCAAGCAGGAGGUCGAGGAGGAGCUGAAGGGGCUGAGGUGA